UAAAGUUAGUUCUGCUAAGGUUAAUGCUUAUUAAACUGUUGUGUUGUUGUAGUUAUCAAUCUCUAGAAUUUACAUAAUAUUCAAUAUAUAUUUUGUUUCAUAAGGGAUCAUUUUCUUAAAAGUAUUUUCUCCCACGGCGUUUUUUUGUCAAAGGAAUUAUAAAGUGAUCAAAAAAUGUAAAAUUUAUGGGAUCUAGUUUAUUUCAUGCAAGGACAAUGACUGACAGAACUGAUAGUGAUUUUGCCUCAGAUACUGACAGUAAUGAUCGUGAUCGAGAUAUUGCAACGAUAUUGCGCUUUUUAAUUCGAAGUGGACAGGUACGCAUAAUAGCAGCUGCUUCUCCUCAAUUAUAUAAUGAUGGUUCAGAUGAUGAGUAUUACACUUCACCUCGGGCUCCUCCAAAAAUUGACAAUCAUCCAGAUACUUCAUGCCUCAAGGGAAGUGACAUAAGGCAAACGAUUCUGUUAAACUCUGGAGCUUUGAAUGACCGGGAAUCUUCCACAAUGGGCAUGAAUUCUGUGCCGUCCAUGUUGAAAUUAAGAGAAACUGGUAUGAAUGGAAGGCAACAGUUUUCUCGUGGUGAUCAGUGUCAAAUAUACCAGAGAGUCCUGCCUAACAAAAUGAAUGUUUUAGAUCGUUAUGAAGGAAAAGUAUUUUGCGGUACAUUUGCUCGACAGGGAGAUAUAUUUAUAUCGGCUGCUCAAGACUAUAUCAUUCGCUUAUACGACACAAGCAAGGGACUUUUCAAUCUGAAAAGAACAGUUGAAGCCAGAGAUGUUGGUUGGAGUAUUCUCGACACUGCUGUCAGUCCUGAUGGAUGUAACUUUAUAUACUGCAGUUGGUCAGAAUGUAUACACAUGUGCACAAUAUCUGGUGACCAAGAUAUACAUGAAGCUCUUCCACUCUAUCCAGAUGAAAGAAGAUUCUGUGUUUUUUCUCUUCGAUUCUCACAAGAUGGAAAAGAAAUUCUGGGAGGGGCUAAUGACCAGUAUUUGUAUGUGUACAAUCGAGAGGCAAACAAACGGACAUUAAGGAUAUACUCUCAUGAAGAUGAUGUAAAUACUGUUGCGUUCGCUGACAAUACUUCUCAGAUACUUUUCAGCGGAGGCGAUGAUGGAAUAUGCAAAGUCUGGGAUCGUAGAACACUGUGUGAGUCACAUCCAAAGCCUGUUGGAGUUUUAGCUGGUCAUGAGGAUGGUUUGACUUAUGUUGAUUCAAAAGGUGAUGGAAGGCACUUAAUAACUAACAGCAAAGAUCAAACAAUCAAACUUUGGGACAUGAGAGCUUUUUCCCCUUCAUCUAGUGUAGAGGGUGCUUAUAAAGCUGUUAAAUCACAUAAUUGGGAUUAUAGAUGGCAAAGGGUUCCAACAAGUUUGAACAAGCACAGGCGUAAAGUGAAUUGGGAUACGUCCCUCAUGACCUACAGGGGUCACAGUGUUCUCCAAACUCUGAUUCGCUGCCACUUUUCACCUGAGGCCACCACUGGACAGUGCUACAUCUACACAGGAUGUGCACAGGGAAGAGUUGUGGUUUAUGAUAUUUUGACGGGUAAAAUCAAGGCAAUACUGAGGGGUCACAAAGGUUGUGUGCGAGAUGUGGCAUGGCAUCCUUACAGAAAUGAAAUAAUGAGUAGUUCAUGGGAUGGAACAGUUGUGAAAUGGACUUUUAAUAAGACAGAAAUUGAUUCGGACUCCGAAGAUAUAAUGCCUGGCCAAAGUAGAAGCAGUGAAGUGGAUGGUUUGCGGAGAUCUCAGCGUUUAGCAGAUCAGCGAAGGAGACAGGAAAGGGAAACCAGGCUUUUCUCACCUACUGUAUUGUAAUUAAUAAACAUAUAUUUUUUUAAAGAAGGUGUUAUGUAUAAAUAAAAGUCAAUAAAAUUUGCUUUUAUCUGUGAA